CGUGCCCCUUCUCAGGCUUCCCACAGCCAAGCACCAGAGUGAAGCCUGGUUUGGGUCCUGGGGGAUUCCUCUCCGCUAAGCUGUUGUCUUGCCCCAUCUCGAACACCCAGUUAUCAGCAGCCGGGGCUCCUCCGACUUGCUGUGCGUGCUCAGACCCCCGGGGGCUUAACCCGCCUCCCUGUCUUGUGCAGACCCUGACUUGCCCCUGACUCCAGAGUGUCGGGGGACAAACCGGCAUGUCCCAGAGUCCUGUGACGCCCCUUGGCUCAGCCUGUGACCCACGUGAUGGAGACGGGGUCCCAACCGAGCCCCGCUCCUUCAUCCCUGGGAGGCGCAUGGAUGCUCGCACAGGGGCAGGUGGGACACACGGUGUGCUGGUCAUGGGAGUGCCUGAGGGACGUUCGCCCCAGGUGGAGCAUAGGGGGCACGGAAUGCUGGGGACAGCAGGCACGUUCUCGGAACCAGGGGAUAUGGGGCCACUCGCCCUAUGGACACGCAGCGGGGCCGGUGCGGGUCCCGAUCGGCGUUUAGAUGUGGAUCCCGGUGCCGUGGCGUCGCGCCACAUCGGCGGGGCCGGAGCCGGAGCCACGGGCGGUCCCAGUGAGUCACGGCGCUGCCGCUCGCCCCGCCCCGGGGCCGCCCCUUAAAGUGCCGCCGUGGCGAGCGCCGCCGCCCCAUGGCUGAGCCACGGCUGCCCUGGCCCCCAGGACCCUCUGCCUGGUUCCUCCUGCUUCUGCCCUGCUGGGCCCUGGCCGUUCUCUGUGCAGGUGCCAUGGCCCUGCAACUCCCCAGCAUCACCACCCUGCGGAUGCCAGCAGAGGCCCCCUGUCCAGGCAAGAGUGUGACAGUGUCAUGCGAGGUGACAAGCGGGCUCCCAGAGCUGACGCUGCUUUACUGGCUGGCGAAUGGCUCCUUUGUGGAGAGCCUGUACCCGGAUGGGGCCGUCCGUGAGGGGACAGUGCAAGAGGAACUGUGGGGCUCGGGGGUGGCUCUGCUCCGUGACCUGCACUUCAGCUCCUUCAACACCCAGCACCUGCUCACCAACUUCACCUGCGUGGUGCUCAGUCCUCUCGGUGUCGACACCAGGGAGGUGCGGUGGCCCCCGCCAGCACCAGCCCCUGUCACUGUCAAGACAGGGGGGCUGGGCUGAGACCAGGGAUCAACUCGUGACUGGUGAGCAAGAGGGUCCCUGCUCCAGCAGCACCGCACUGCUAUGUGCGCGUGUGACACCUCCAUAGAGGCCCAUCUCCGUGACCUGCUGUUGGGACACAUGGCCCCACAUGUGCUGGCCCCACUGAGCCUGGGGCUCCUGAUGCCUGGGCCAGCCCCGGCCCUGCCUGUAGCUGGCUAUGGGACCCCAGGGUUUAUUAAAGUACAUCAAGGCUGCCUGGUUGUCACCUGCAUCCUGGGGAUGGUGCUGCCCAUGAGUGCACAGGGCUCUUGUGGGAUGAGGAGGGAGGGAGAGGAAGUGGCCCUGGUGCCCGUGAAGGGCAGGAUCCAUCCCUGACCCUCUCUCUGCCUGGCGAAGGGCUGGAAAACCAUGGUCAGUCCCAAAUCUGCCUAGGGAAUGCCUGGCCCCACGGCUGUGCUCUGCUCUGGAGGAGGAGGGUAGGUGGGGAAGCCCUGGGGUGCAGGGACCCCCAGGAGAUAGGCCCAUCACAUCGGCCUCUGCACUUGGGGGAAGUUGAGGCUGUCCCCCAGCAUGGCAUUGCUGAGCCCCACCUACUGUUCCAUGGGGCAGCCCCCCUAACCAUCCUGUCCUGGCAGGGCUCCUGCUCUUAGGUACUGGGACUGGGGUCCCCGGUGACAGCCCCCUUCCUGCUCAUGGGGGGUGUGACCCCCCUGGGCUGCGGGACAGCCUGGACCCCUUGAGCAAGACUGGGCUGCAGGCAUUGCACUGCAGCACACUCAGGAUGUGGGAGGGAUAGAGGGGGCUGGAGAAGCCCCCAGCUGCAGCCCCAUGAGGUGCCCCCAGUCCAGGGAACCGCAGGAGACUCCUGGGGGACACUCCUGUCCCACAGCUACUCUUAGGAGCCAGGAUAAGGUAAGCAGUGGAGCAGCCACCUGGGCAGGGACCUGCCCAAAACAGCCCUGCUGCACCCCCAAGCCCUGUUGAUGCCAGCCCCCAUCCCUGGGACAGCCCCUCACAGACCCCAUCCUGACGUCUUCUUGAUGGGGUCGAGGUCAGUUGAGGGCUGUCAGUGGCAAGGGUCCUGGCCAGAAGGUGCUCCACAGAGGGCAGAGCCCCUGAGGGAAGCCCACAGAUGCCGAGGUGCUGCAGACAGGGAAGCAACUGGUUACUCCGCGAGUGGCUGGGGAGGUGGGGCAGCAGGAGCACAGCAACUCAGGGAGGGUGGUGGGGCCUGAGAGGUGGCUGUGGAGAGAGGCAGGGCAGGCUGGGGGAAAGCACCCCCAGCUCCAUCUCUGGCCAGAGCCCCUCCUUCACACAUGUCCCGGCACCGACCCAGAUCCCAGUGCUGGGACCAGCUGAGACCUGCCCUGCUGUGUCACCCACAAGAAGCAACUCCCUUGGGAUCCCAGCCAGAAGUGUGUCCCAAAGCCUUGUAGGUGCAGGUCAGGGUGCUCCUGACUGGGGAUGCAGUGCUUGCACCAAUCCUUCUCUCAUGCUGCUGAGGAUGCAGUAAGUUGUGGCUCAGAUCAGCAGCAACAUCUCUCCCUGGGAGCCCCUGUGUCUGCCCAGCAGGGCACGGAACACUUGGAGGAUCAGAGGCAAAGAGGGGGGACCAUGGGGCCAAAACUGGUGACACUGGGGUGACAGCCCACAGCUGGGCCCCCAGUCUCACUUCCAAGCCAAAGUGAACCUCCAAAACGUCAUCACCCAUCUGGCUGAGCCACCUCUGGCUCCUCCUGUGACAGUGAUGGCACCUCGGCCAUGCUCACCCAUCACCCCCACACACCGUCAGGUUUCAUGUCCCUCAGGAGCAGGGUCCUCCCCAGAUGAGAGGUCCUAUCAGCCAAUGGCGAGACGGACAACAGCCAAACGUGGGGGGAUACCCAUGGGUGAUGAGGGGUCAGGGAGUUGAGAGUUGGAGGUGCUGGGGACACAGAGGGGUCCUGUGUCUUGCUGGGAUGGCACACAGAGGAUUUACUGUAGUGGGGUGAUUGUGAGUGGGCAAGCAGCACUGCCCCUGGUUGGGGGCAGGAAUCCAGCUGGGGGGGGUUCCUGGUGAGAGGAAGGAGACACUCUCCCCUUCGGGAGCCCUGGGACUAGGAGAAAGCUCUGGUGUGAGGAGAGAGCCUGGUCAAGGCAGCCCUGGAGGCCAAGGAAGAAGGGAAAGCAAAACCACAGAGUUUCUGUGCUCAUCUUAUUGUAAAUUAGUCUCAUUCCCAUUAGUGGCUGCUUCUGCUUACUGUGACCUGUGGAUGUGUCCACGCUGGAGCAAGAAACCCCAAGGUGUCUGUGGCCAUGGAUAUGUCUGUGCUGCAGCAGGAGCACCUCUGAAGGGAAUGUGGCCCAAGGACCGCAUGAUGGAGAAGAUACACCUUGAAGCAUCUCCGGCUGUGCAGGAAGUCAUGCUGGAGCACCUUGAAGUGUGUGGCCAUGGAUAAACCCACAACAGAGCAGGUACACCCCUGGAAGGACUGCAGCCAUGGAGAAGGUCAGGCUGCAGCAGGUAUAUGCCCCAUUCCUGGAAGUGUUCAGUGUUGGAUGGAGCUUGGAGUGACUGGAUCCUAGUGGAAGGUAUCCCUGCCCAUGGAACGGGGUUGGAACAAGAUGACUUAAAGGUCCCUCCCAACCCAAACCAUUCUGUGAUUCUAUGAUUUUGUGAACGUUUGUGGGCAUUUUAUGGGCAUUUUAUGGACAUUUCACAGGAGUGAUCCACCGACAAAGGGAAUGAUAUCUGUAUAUGAUAGCAAAGGGUGGUGGUGGAUACUGGAUAGUGUGGGGCCUGAGCAGGAUGUACAUGGCAUAGAAUAAGAGGUGGAGAAUGUGCUGCAUUGGUUAGGGAGGAAGAGUUCCAUUUCUUCCCUGAGACUGGGGUUUGGAUUUGUGCUGGCCAGAGCACUGAUAACCCCUGGAUGUUUCAGUCAGUGCUGAGCAUCUUUGCUGCUCCUCACACUGCUCCAGCAACAGAAUUUUGGGGUUUUUAAUUGUGGGUUGGUUUAGCCGACACCAAGUGUGCUGGUAACAUCCCUGUCUCUGAGGGGAAUAGGAUCUUUGCGCAGGAGUUAGCAGGGCAUGUUGUGUGAGAGUUAAACUGGAUUUGAAGCGGGGAGGGGAUAAAAUCAGGACACUGGAGAUAAGCCUGGGGGUGACACCCCAGUGUUGAGGGACUGUGUGCUAGCGAGGUCCUUCAGUCUGCUGUCUCAGUAGAGAGGUAGGGAAUGGAGAUCCAUGCAGCAGCAAGUGUUACUGAUGUGCUAGAAACCAUGGAAGCUCAUGAGAAUGGUCACUCAGGAACUGGAGAUUGUCUUCCCAAAAAGCCACUGGGAUCAAUAACCCCACUAAAGUGCAUCUACCCCAAUGUCCACAGCAUGGGCAGCAAACAGGAGGAUCUGGUGCAACAGGAAAACUAUGGCAUAGUUGCCAUCAUGGGGACAUGGUGGGAUGACUGGCACAAUGGGAAUGGUGCAACUGAUAGUGGUGAACUCUUCAGAAGUGACAGGCAGGGACUGAGAGGUGGUGGGGUAGCCCUGUUAUUUAACAUAUUCAGUAGGGGGAGGCCUGGUGGUCUGCUAAGAGAGUGAUGGGACAUCUUUAAGUCUAUAGGUUUGGUCAGGAGGAGCUGUUAGCGGGGAUGGACAGUUCUGACUGUGAGAGCACUCUACAAGAAGGUGUUUGAAGUAAGACAAGACUCAUCAGACUAAUUCAGUAAACACUUUCUUAAAGAACAAAGUAAAUGUGAAACAACUGUUUUAGAAAGCAGUUAGAAUUUUUUUAAUACAUUGUAAGCUGAGAAUCGAAAUCUGCAGGUAAAGUUUAAGGUUGUGCCUCACACAGAAAAAGAUAUAACCAUGUACCUCUCAUUGCAAAAGAACCUGAGGCUCCCAUGGAAUAACUCUGGUUAGAUGGCAGCUCAGGAGAUCUGCAGUUGGGUCCUAAAAUCUCUCAAGGAUGGAGCCUGCACACCUUCAUUAGGCAACUUGCUCCACUGCCUGCCUGAUAUCGAGGGGCAACUUUUUUCCAUGUAUUAACCUCAUCUUCCCUUCUCCAGGCUGAGUGUGCCCGGCUUCCCCACACUUUUCUCACAAUCACAUGUACCCCUGCCCAUUUUGGUGGCUCUCCACUGGACCAUUUCAGUUGAUCUGUAUUUUCCCAGGGAAGGGCCUCUCAUCCAGCACAUGCUGGAUGUGUUGACACCUGCAGUUCCCCCAAAUUCAGGGAGCUUGACUUCGUCUUUUUUGAUGAUGGCAAACUGCUCACAUGUCCAGAAAUUCAAGCAUGCAGCAGUAACUGGGGAUGUAUGUAUUCUGGCUUUGUUGGGAAGAAACCAUGACAUUAAUAAAUCCUUUUUCUAACAGAGCUAAUUAAAA